CCUAGACGUGCACUCGUCCCUUCCAUACCUCCAUCUUCUCCCUCUUAGAUUCCUUUUCUCUUCUAGACGUAUCCUCUACAAACUGUAUCAAAAACGCUAGAUUUUUUUUUAAUUCCCUCUCAAGAUCUCUAUUACAAGAGAGCUUUUCGAAGAUCCGGUUCCCAGGGUUUCGUCUGUUACAGCCUCACGUCUCUAAAAAGAUUUAAACUCUCGAGAAAUCCUACAUGGCGACCUUUGACCAGCUCGACAAACUCGGGGUCCGUUUCCCUGGUUCUACAGGCAACUCAAACUCGAGUAUCAACGAAGACCGACCGAACAGAUUCACGACAGAAACCGGCCCACCUCCGUUAUCCCAUCGUGAACGCGCUGCGUCUCAACCACCUCGAACUUCAGACCAACCAUUCUUGUCGUCGCCCAUCAUACCAUCCUCUAGAAGUCCGUGGAGCACUCAAGGGAAUACAGGAAGACUGCUGAGUCCGACUACAGGACCAGGAGGAGGGGGCGGAGGAGCCCGAGCAAUACCGGUACCUAUCCCAUCACGCAGCGCAUCAUUCUCAACACACUCGACACAACAGCGAAACUCGACGACAUCAUCUUAUUUCGCAUCUACAAUGCGCGACAGGUCCUUCUCUUCCACCUUCGAGGAUGAGGAGGACCUAGCAGAAGAUUACGCUGACGAUGGAGGAGGGGAUUACGAUUUUGUGGGGAGAGGUUUCUCAAAUAACUCUAACUCUGCCAAUGGUGGGGGUGGGGGUGGGAUGGGCGGCAUGUCGCCGAGUAUGAAUCGGGGAAGACAGGUUGCACCGGAGUGGUCGAGAAGUCGAUCUCAGUCACUUGCAGCUACAACUGCUAGAGCUGCUCCGAUGUCUAUUGGGAAUUCGUCCUAUGGUCACCAGGCAGGCACUGGGUCUGCUUAUGCUAGCUGGAAUGAAGGUUUACUUAGUGGUUCGAAUUCGUUGAACAUUCCGGGUACGCUUGGUAGCGGUGGGAGAUGGGGAGACAUCAGAUCUCCCGUACGGAAUCCGACUGAUAUAUCCAACCAAUCUCCAUUCGUUCGAGAUGUCGGCCAGAUCCUCCUCGAAGAAUCAUCUCAGUUUAAACAGUUAUGGGCGCAACAACAGGGAAGACUCGACCGAGAUGAAAUUUUAUCGAGCGGCGUUUCUCGACUCGGUGGUACAGGAUUCACUCGUAAUGUCGGGAGUGGAAGUUAUUUAGGCGGUGGUGGGAACGGGAAUAUAUACGGCGCGAUUGGGGCUGGACUUGCUGGUGGGUAUGGCUAUGGUGGAGGGGGAAUGGGAAGUGGAACGUCGAGUCGACGACAUAGUGUUAGUGUUGUCCAACCUCGAAGGGGUGUUCAGGUUGGGUUUGAUGCUGGUGGCGGUGGUGUGGGGCAAAAUGAAGUAUUUGGGGAUGAGGGCGACUCUCCUCGUGGAGUGAACGAGAACACUUUGGUGGGCAUGCCCAUGGCCAGCGGCGGUGCUGGUGCUGGUAACAGCAGUUCUGGAACCGGAGGUGCUGGCGGGUUGAUGCUGUCCGAUGAAGACCUUCUUGGACCGGGAGGCGAUAUGGGUAUGAGAAUGCUGAACCUGAAUAGUCGCUUAGAUGCACAUCUCCAGUCACAACGAGAGGGAACUAGCCCAAGCCAGAGGGACAGUCAGCAGCACACCCCUCAGAGCCAUGCGCCUGGGAAUGCGUCAGCUUCUUCGUCUUUACCCAUAUAUGCCCCGCUUUCCCGAAGCCCCCCUGCUGCAGACGAUCUUGUCUCAAACUACCGGACAUUGACUCUCAACCCCAAUGUUGCUGGCGAUGGCUCUUCGAGAGGGCACACGCCAAGCGACCGUGGUGUCAGUCCCGGUCAACCACAGCAACAGCAGCAGCAACACUUCUUCCCCUCCCAGUCGGGUCCACAUCAACAACAACAAUUCAACCCACCUCAUAAUGAGGGCAGCUACGCGACUCGUGUGAGAGCUCCUUCUCAGAGUGGUGGGAUGGGUGGACCCGCAUCGCCAAUUUCCCCCACCGGCGGCUCAAGAGGCGCCGGAAUCGGUCUUGUUCAGGCAAUCACCCAGCAACAACAACAGGCAUAUUUUGGGCACCCGCAACACCCGCAACACCAGCAACAACCUCAUCCUCAUUCACCCCACCACCACCACCAACAGCAGCAGCAGCAGCAGCAGCAAGGCCACCAUGGCCAGCAUGCUCGUCAAGUCUCCAAUUCUCAGGAUGCAGGCGAGCAAGGUCUAGGCAAAGGACUCCCUCUUUCUUCCGUCCCGUCCUCUUGGCCGCUUUUCAUCGUCGAGUUUAAAGCUGGGAGAACGGAUCUGUUUUACCUUACCGAUCAGGUGGCAUCUAACCUGACACAAUCUCAGAUGAACGGACAUGUUGGGGAGAAACCUGUUAAAGUGGGUGAUCUUGUUAUUGUCGAGGCCGACCGUGGGAGGGAUUUAGGUCGAGUGGUGAAUGAUUGUAUUACUGUGAAUGAGGUUGAGAGGUGGCUUGAGACGAGGGAGCAUCAGCAAGGGCAGUUUGGAUCUCAGUGGGGAGAUCAGCCUAUGAGUCCCGGAGGUGCGGGGGGAGGAGGAGGUAGUGCGAAGAAAGAGAUUAAUCCGAAAAUGAUUUAUGGAAAGGCUGGAGCACAAGAAGCUACACAGCUGGCCAUUAAGAUGCAGGAUGAGGCAAAGGCGUUGCAGUUGUGUCAGAGUAAAGUUAGGUCGAAGAAGUUACCGAUGGAGGUUGUCGAUGCUGAGUAUCAGUGGGAUCGACGGAAGUUGACGUUCUAUUUCGUAGCGGAGAAGAGGAUCGACUUCCGGGAGCUAGUCCGAGAGUUAUUCAGGUUGUAUAAGACUAGGAUCUGGAUGGCUUCGCUACAGAGUAGUGGUGGGUUUGAGCUAUGAGGUGUGUUCAAAAGCAAGAAAGAGAAGAAAAACCUGGCCGUAUCAUCUCAACGGCAUAGUAUGCAACCCAUUCAAAAACUCCCGUCGAAAAACCGAUGAUUUAUUAAAGGCGAUCCGAACCUCUUUUUCCCCUCCGACAAGUCCCUUUCUUCCCGCCGAAAUCGAAUUUUUGUACUUGUUUCUCCUACCAAAAUCCGUUGUUUUCCUCGAUUCCUAUCUUUGGCCACCCUGGACUACUUUCCCUUCUCCGGCCCCUCCGUUAAGAGUUAUAUUAUCUAUAUAUCGUUUGUGGUUUCCCGCUGCCUGGAAGUCUUAUGCGACACUUUGUACAACACCCACUUUGCCAAUGCCCUACAGUUUUUUCCCUCCUCUUUUUUUGAUCCCCUCUCUAUGUUUCGUGAUACAUCGGUUUUAUCUUUACUCUGCUCUGCCUCCUACUUACUUACAACAUUGUACAAUACAUUAUCGUCGUCGUACUCUCUUCCUGUUGUCUCAUUCCCUCUGU